AUGGAAACUUCCAAGGAACCGCCCAAGGCCAGCAACAACGUCACUGCAUUUGGCAUCUGUAUUAUCAUGAUGAGCUCAAAGACGAGAAACACUAAUGCUUGUAUCGGACCUGUGGCUCUUGGUAUCGUCGCGAUUGGCGUUGGAAGCGCUGGCUUGGAAAAUCUGGACGUUGACGUGACUGUGCUCGCGACCAGACUCUCAACAGUAUUGAACAUGUAG